AUGGGCGAUGUAUUCGACCUGGGUUCGGCCAUCUUCGUACCUAAGCCAUACGCUCGUUUUCAAAUCCCACUCAAGGUCAAGAUGUGCUCCUACACAUACUCCUGGUACUACUGCAACCACGAUUACUACAUCUGGGCCAACUCAAUUGAGAUCUGCGCCUCGCGCCUUCUGUCCGGCUACUCCUACGACGCCUGGAGCAUCGACAUGUGCAAGAACCCCACAGUCAAAUGCGGUGGUUUCUCCAACUUCUAUUGCAGCGAUUGCUCCGAAGAUGUGAAUCUCGAGUUGCAGCUCGACGAAUGGUGA